AAUCUGUCAUUUCACAAACGAUGUCCGUCGACCGUGCCGCCUUCCGUUAGUUCCUUCUUCAUCAACACAGGUAUAUAAGUAUUAAGGGAACCCAAACAAGUCACCAAGACUUCCAUUUUCGAUUCCAGGAAAAACAACGAACGAAAAUUCAGCUGAAAACCCUUCGAAUUAGGGUUUCUUUCCAUCCCGAAAUCUUUGCAACAAUGCGGAAGGGAAGAAACUAUUUGGGUCGGCAUCACCACGGGAAGAGAUCGUCGACGAUGGCGUUAGUUCUAUCAAUGCUUUUAAUGCUGACAAUAGUUUUACUGGUACUUCUUGCUCUAGGGAUCUUUUCACUCCCGAUCGGUUCCGACGACGGUUCUUCUUCUUACCUUCGAGAUCACAUCAUCUUCAAACGGAAACGAUUUCUUAUUGGUGAUGGUGAUGAGAUGGGAAAGAGAGGAGAUCAGUGGACUGAGAUUCUCUCUUGGGAGCCUAGAGCCUUUGUUUAUCACAAUUUCUUGUCAAAGGAAGAGUGUGAGUAUUUGAUAAAUCUUGCCAAGCCUCACAUGGCAAAGUCAACAGUUGUUGAUAGCAAGACUGGUCAAAGCAAAGAUAGCAGGGUACGUACAAGCUCAGGAACAUUUUUGAGAAGGGGAAGGGAUAAAAUUAUAAGAAACAUUGAACAAAGAAUAGCAGACUUCACAUUUAUCCCUGUAGAGCAUGGAGAAGGGCUACAAGUUCUUCACUAUGAAGAAGGACAAAAGUAUGAGCCUCACUUUGAUUACUUUCUUGAUGAAUUCAACACUAAAAACGGUGGCCAAAGAAUAGCUACAGUUCUUAUGUAUCUGUCAGAUGUGGAGGAAGGGGGAGAAACGGUUUUCCCAGCUGCACAGGGAAAUUUCAGCUCUCACCCUGAGUGGAAUAAUUUAUCUGAAUGUGCUAAAAAGGGUGUGCAUGUGAAACCAAAAAUGGGUGAUGCGUUGCUUUUUUGGAGCAUGAGGCCUGAUGCCACGUUGGAUCCCACUAGUUUGCAUGGUGGUUGUCCUGUGAUAAAAGGACAUAAAUGGUCAUCAACAAAAUGGAUGCAUGUUGAAGAAUACAAAAUUUAAGUUUCUCUAAAGUAAGUAAAUGGAAGAUGUGGUGGUGGUGGUGUAUAGAGAUGGGUUGAUGGUGGUAAGUUAUAGUUGCGGAAAAUUAAACCGACCUUUGUGUUGCAAAGAAGAUGAGUAUAAUUAUUUACGGAAACUGAUUGCAGAUAAUAGAUAAUAGAUAACAGAUAACCAUGAUCAUUUAUGAGAGUAGCAAAAUCCUAGUUAUUUAUUAUUUAUUAUUAUUAUUUUUUAUGUUUCAUGGCGUGUACUUAUUUUUUUUACACGAUGUUAUGCUCAGCUGAGAUGAAUUACUCUUGUAAAAUGUUGUUGAAUUGUACUUUUGGUGUUUGUGUUUUGUUUUCUUAAAA